CAGAUAACAAAAAAGUGAAGUAUGAUGUUGCUGAAGUACUUUCGAAGUAUAAACCACCAAAUGAUUGCCAUCUCAAUAGCUUUGCACUUGGCCCAUUUGAACUUUCAGAUGAUAUUUCAUUUACAGUUAUUGGCAACUGUUUUCCUUUUGUUGGUAGAGAAAAGGAAAUGAAAAUGUUAGAGAAAUGUAUUAUUGAUAAUAUCAAGAUUUGGAAACGAUUACAUAAUCAUCAUCCUAAUUUUCGUCAUACAGAUGCUCUUGAAUCAUUCAAAAGAUUAUACCAAAAUAUAGUGGUUGCUGGAGCACCAGGAAUAGGGAAAACAACAUUUAUACAACAUGGUUUUUUGACAGUGAUAGAGCAGAACAAGCAAUUACAAGAGAUUUUCAGUGGAAGGGUGUUUGCUUGGGAUGUUUUAAGUUCAGCAUUAGACCGUACAGAAAGGAUGCUGAUUAGUCAGUAUUAUACAGAGUCAGUCAUAGCAUUAAGGAUCCUACAUCAAUCAAUUAAUGGAAGGAAAUAUCAUCUGUUCUUAAAUGAUUUAGAACAUUAUCUUGGAUCAUAUGACUUACACUUGAAGGAUAUCAAUCUCAAAACUGUACUUGAUCAUGUCCUUCAUGAGAAAUUGGAUCACAACCAAUUACUCACAAUGUUUCACAUUACUGAAACAAAUAUUUUUUUCCAAAAUGAUGAAGGCAAGCUUUUAGAAGCAAUCACAAACAGCAUUUAUAAUUUCAACAA